AAACUAAUUAAAUAACGCUAACUCCAAUUAAUUAACAGAAAUACAACAUUAUAUCUAUACUGUAACAAAUACAUCACUAUAUAUAAAAAAUUGAAAAGUAUCAUGUAUCUUAUAUCCACCAAAAUGAACAGACAACGUCUUAAAAUCCUUACGCACAUAAUAGUAUUGCUUCAUUUUUGUAUUAGCACAAGUGCACAUGGUAUGCGCAUGCGUGAUGACUGCAAGGAGUUAACAACAAAUUCACAAUGUCAGUGCACACCCGUUUUAUCAGAUUUUGAAAUACUCUGUCCAGCUACAGAAGUAAAUCCAAAGAUUACGGUACGUGUCAGACCCACAAAUCAUGUGCAAAUCGAAUGCUCACAUAUCGAUGCUAAAGAAUAUAAAAUUCUGCCACGUAUGAAUAUUGGUUAUACGCCCAUGGUGCAAAUAAAACAAUGUCCAUUACCAGGACACACGCCCAUCGCACGUAUUUUGGAACAUUUGGGCAUAACGCAAGUGAAUUCUCUCAUAUUCGAGACAACAGACUUAGGCGCUAAUCUCACACGUCAACAUUUGAACGGCCUACAGGGUUUGGGUCGUCUACGUUUCAGUUCGAAUGGCUUAUCACACAUGCCAGAGGAUAUUUUCAAUGAGUUUCAAAAUUUGACUUGGUUAGACUUACACUCAAAUAAUGUACAACUUGCACCAAACAUUUUUGCACCUUUGGAAAAUUUAAAUUUUCUUGAGUUGGGACAUAAUAGUUUACAAGAUUUACCUAUGGGUAUAUUUAGAAAUCAACGCAAACUUGUACAUUUAAAUUUGUGGAGUAAUCAAUUGCGUAAUUUGACGAAAGAUGUAUUCGAAGGCGUCUCUUCGGUAACUGAUUUGGAUUUAAGUUCGAAUGGUAUUGAAACUUUUGAACCGGAUGUAUUUUCAUUGUUGACUAAUUUGAGUAAUAUCAAUUUAAAUGCGAAUCGCUUCCAUACACUGCCAAAGGAACUUUUUUCUCAUAAUAAAAAUUUAACCCAAGUUCGCAUGACCCAUAAUCGUGUACCACUGGAUACACUACCAGAUGGUUUAUUUGCUAAUUUACCAAAUCUGAAGGAGUUACGCUUAACGUGCGAUUUGUUGACACUGCCUGGUGGACUUUUCGCUAAUUCGAGUAAUAUUGCGAAUUUGACCAUAUCGGGUAACAAGUUGAGCACAUUGCCAGCUACAUUACUAGCAGAUCAAAUUAAUUUGUUGGACUUGGAUUUGAGACGUAAUAUGUUGGAGUCGCUGCCAGAUGAAUUAUUUGCUAACACCAAAAACUUAUAUGUAUUGAAGCUGUCACAUAACAGACUUAAAAGAAUUUCAAGAGACCUUUUUGCAUCACUUGAAAAUAUAGAAUUUCUCUAUAUGGAUAACAAUCAUUUAACCACAAUCGAUCCAGAUGCCUUUGUACACACAUCGAAUAUGCGCACCAUCGAUAUGGAAAAUAACUUACUGAACUUAAGCGAACUAACUGAACGUUUUGAAGAUAUUGAUAAAUACGAACUGGGUUCACCGUUUAAAUAUUUAUUCAAGCUCGAAAAACUUAAUCUUCGGAAUAAUUCCAUACUUUACAUAUUCCGAGAUUGGAAGUUCCAACUCAUCGAACUACAAGAACUCGAUCUGAGCUAUAAUAACAUUACUUCACUGAACGACAACGAUUUGCAGUAUUUAUCAAAACAAAGUGUAUUCCUCAAUUUAACACACAACAACAUACAUACCAUUAACUUUGAAACCAUAGAUUUCUUGGAUAUCACCCGAGUCGUACGUAUGGACUUGAACAACAAUCCUUUGAAUUGUGAUUGUACGUUGAUAAGAUUCUUGCAAUUGAUACGUGGUGAAUUGUCAACACAGAAAUUUGAUAAUGUCAUUAAAUUAAAUGUUGAUAAUUUAAUAUGUGCUCAACCACAAAAUCUAGAGGAAAAAUAUGUCCAUGAAGUACUACCACAACAACUGGUUUGCCCACUUGAUCAUGAAAAUUCCAAACAAAAACGUUGUCCACGUGGUUGCGAAUGUUGGGUACGUUCUUAUGAUUACAUUUUAAUGGUGAACUGCAGUAAUGGUAAUCUGACUAAAGUGCCCGCACUGCCACGUUUAGAUCAGCUGAAGUUAAAGGGUACAGAGCUCUACAUAGAAAAUAAUCAGUUAAUGAAAUUACCCUACCGCAGCACUCCUGGCUACUUAAAUGUGACCAAGUUAUAUGCAAGGGGCAAUAAUCUAACUAAAAUCGAAGCACAACAUUUGCCUUUAGGUUUAUCUUAUUUGGAUAUACGUGAUAACCUUUUGCAGAAUUUGAAUGAGAGCGCUAUCACAUUCCUAAAUAAUACACGCACAGUGUAUAUGAGUUUAUCCGGUAAUCCCUGGAUGUGCGAUUGCGAGGCGAAACCGCUUUUGCAGUAUACACAAUUGAAUUAUAAGUUAAUCACUGAUUUGGGAAAAAUGACUUGUGAAAAUUUCGACGAAUCAACAAAUUUCCAAGGCCUUUCAGUUUCUGAUAUAUGUCCAACAGAAAAGGAAUUGUAUAUUGCUUUAGCAGUAGUCAUUUCACUGAUUGGUUUCCUUAUUGGUAUAACAGCGGCAUUCUACUAUAAGUACCAACAAGAAAUUAAAGUUUGGUUAUAUGCACACAAUAUGUGCUUGUGGUUCGUUACAGAAGAAGAAUUGGAUAAAGAUAAAAAAUACGAUGCCUUUAUUUCGUACUCACAUAAAGAUGAAGAAUUUGUAAAAGACUUAGUGGCUCAAUUGGAAAAUGGUCCAACGCCAUUUAGGCUAUGCGUUCAUGUACGUGAUUUUAUUGUCGGUGAAUGUAUACCCGAUCAGAUAGUACGGUCUGUGGAUGAUUCAAGACGUACUAUAGUUAUACUAUCACAAAACUUCAUUGAAUCAGGUUGGGCCCGCAUGGAAUUCAAUUGUGCACAUCAAUCUGCAUUGAACGAAGGCCGUGCACGUGUAAUUGUUGUUAUCUAUGGUGAUAUUGGUGAUAUUGAGAGUUUAGAUGGCGAAUUAAAGGCGUAUUUGAAAAUGAAUACUUAUUUGAAAGCAGAUGAUCCAUGGUUCUGGAGCAAAUUACGUUACGCUAUGCCACAUCGUACAAAUAAACUUAGUGGCCUAAUAAAAACACCGCUCAAAGGCUCUACAGAUGAUAAACUGGAACUAAUCAAACCAUCCCCAGUAACACCACCACUAACUACACCACCAGCUGAAGCUACAAAAAAUCCAUUGGUUGCUCAUUUAAACGGUGGUACUCCACAAACUACAAUCAUUAUAUCGAACGGUAAGGGAGGCGCACCAACUUAUUAUACUAACGGCAAAACACAAAAUGGACACAUCAAUGGAGCUUUCAUUAUCAACACAAAUGCUAAACAGAGCGAUGUAUAGAACAGGGAGAAAGCGGAGAUGUUUCAAUUUGAUGAAGAUUUAAUAUUUCGAUGAGACAAGCGCACAAACAUUAUUGCAUAUGAACAUCUCUAUGGACUGAGUGUAUAGUUGGAGCCUUAUCCAAAGGGCUACUUGUAUUUCCUUCUAUUACGUUCUAUUUUUUUUUUUAAUUAUUAAUCCAUAUAGAAUAUAUAUAAAUAAAUUAAAGUUAUUUGAAACACUUUGACCAAUUCUAUAUAUUAUCAAUAAAAUAA